CUUCUUCAAGGCUACAAAUUAAAUCAGUUUCUUUACAUUUAUCAAUACUCUCCCCAAAUGUUCUCAAGGUAGGUUGGAUUAUGAUGUCAGAUGUUCUUCAGAUUCUACUGAAUGUAUAUUCCAUAGAACCCUGCCUCCUGACACAAUAUCCUGUAUCUGCCAUAGAGCCCAAAGCUGGUUAUCACUAACAAUGAACAUAAUCAUUUGAUCAGAGAUAGGACAAUAACUAAACAACAUUAUUUAUGAAGUUAACCAGAUCUCAUUGGUGCCCACAGUCCCUACAUGCGGGAGGCUUGAGUGACAGGAGAAAUGUGAUUGGUCCUGUUUGUUCUGUAUAUAGUGAUGUAGUCUACCACACAGAACUCACCUCUCUGUUUUACACAAUAGGAUCAGGUUUGUACUAUUUACAACAUGAGACUCGGGAGGGUAAGGUGAAGAGGGAGGCAUCAGCUGGUGAGCUUGAGUUGAAGAUGGAAAAAGAAUUAAAAGAGAUAUUAAGACAGAAGAUGAUGAAACAACUAGAUGAUAUGACCCAGGAAGUGAGAGAGAAAGAGAGACUCCUGGAGGAGAAGAACCAGAUAAUGGGACAGAGGGAGAAACUAUUAGAAGAGAAAGAAAACCAACUGGAAGAGAAAGACAAGCAACUAAAGGAUAGAGACAUUCAACUAGAGGCACUGAGAAAGAACCUGCAGGACAAGAACAGCCAAGUAGAGAACUUCAGAGUCCUACUGCAGGAAAAAGACCUUCAACUAGAGGACAGCAACCACAGACUGGGAGAGAAGGACAGACUACUGGAAGUGAGAGAGAAACUACUGGAGGGAAAAGAAAAUGAACUAAAAGAGAGGAGGCAGGAAGUAGAAGAGAAAGAUAACCUACUAGAGGAGAGAGAGAAGCAGUUAAAGGAAAGAGACAAACAGCUGGAGGAUGUCAACAAUGAAAAUGCUGAACUGGCUCAACAGAUAUGUGAUGUGAAGACUGAGGUAGAGAGACUGAGAAGAGAGAUCUCAGGCCAGAUGACUGAACCUGGAGAGACGUCAGAUACAGGUUCCAUACUCCCAGUCAGGAGGAGACACAGCAUGGAGGAUCCUCCAGACAUGGGAGGAGAGACCUCAGAUACAGACCCCACACUUCCACUGAGGAGGACAAACAGCAUGGAGUUACAUCCUCCAGAGAUGGGAGGAGAGAGCAGCAGUCCAGACUCCCCAGUGUCUCCCAGUGUGUCUGAGCUGAGACUGGUGCUGCUGGGGAGGACUGGGGCUGGGAGGAGUGCAGCAGGAAACACCAUCCUGGGCAGAGAGGAGUUUGGGGCCCAGGCCAGCCCCUCUGCAGUGACCCAGAGGUGUAAGAGGAGAGAGGGGGACGUGUGUGGGAGACGGCUGGUGCUGGUGGACACUCCAGACUGGUUCUGUCCUGGACUCUCUCUGGAGGAGAUAAGACAGGAUGUGGGGCUCUGUGUCCGUCUGUCUGCCCCAGGACCCCACGCCUUCCUCCUGGUCAUACCAGUGGAGCCUUCUAAGGGGGAGGAGAGAGGGGUGCUGGAGAGAACAGAGGAUAUGUUUGGGGAGGGUUGUUGGGAACACACUGUGAUUCUAUUCACUCAUGAUGAUGUCCUGAAAGAGCAGAGCAUUGAGGAGUUUCUCCAAGCAGGAAGUCAGGACCUCCAGCAGCUUGUAGAGAAAAGUGGGAACAGGUACCACGUCCUCAACAUUAAGGACAGGGCCCAUGGCACUCAGGUAUCAGAGCUGCUGGAGCAGGUAGAGGAGAUGGUGGCAGGAAACAGAGAGAGAUUCUACAGCAGUCAGACCUACCAGGAGGCAGAGGACCAGGUUAGAGAGAUGGAGGGAAAGAUCCAGAGAGAGAGAGGAGAGAGGAAACAGAGGGAGGAGAGAGACUUGAGAGAGAGGCUUCAGAAGGAGUUGCAGGAUUCUAUGAAGGAGAAAGAUGGAGAAAUCCAGAAACUCAAGAGAAAUAUCAGAAUUCUCAGAGAACGAAUAACAGAACUGGAGAGACAGGUGAAAGAAGAGAGGGAUGAGGAGAAGAAAAUAGAGCUGGAGAAGGAGCUGAAGAGGGAGUCUGAUAGGAGGGAGGAGAUGGAGAGAAAGAUGGAGAGAUUUAGAGAGAAGACAGAGAAUGAGAGGAGGGAGAUGGAGGAGAGACACAGACAGGAGAUAGAGGAGAUGAUGGAGAACUAUGAAGGAGAGGCCAGAGUUGAAGCAGAGAGAAACCUGAUGAAGAUAGUCCUACCUGAGUUACAGAGGAACAUCAUGAUCUCACAGACAAAGAUGCUGAGAGAGUUCAGCAGACAGAUGAAAGAGAAGAAUAGACAGAUGGAGGAGAAAGGUGGAGAGGUGGAGAGACUGAGACAGAACUUGAAAGAGGUCAGUGAAGCUCAUUCAGUGUUGGAGGGGAGACUGCUGCAAGAGGGGAGAGGUCAGAGGGCACUGAUAGGGUUGUUGGGCUGGGUCAGGAGAAACUCAUCAAGUUGGCUUCUCCACAAUCUGACAUGAUUCACCAUCACCGUCUAUGUGUAGAACCAGACCAGGUCUACUGUCCACUGUACCGUGGUGAGUGACCAUGGAUCAUGGUGAUCAUGGGGAAAACAGGUCAGAAUAAUGUCUGGUCCAGUCUACAGUGUCUAGAGAAGGAGGGGAGGGAGGUCUGUAAAGAUCUUGAUGAGACGU